CCCAUUCGCAAAUAUUUUUUAUAGCAGACGCCAAAGGAUCUCGCUGAUCCCUCUCCGAUCGCCGGCGGCCCGCACCCGACGGCCCAGUGGGAGCUGUGUGGAUACGCUGCCGUCGGACCAACGGCUCGCCGGAGCAGCUGCUCUCCUCUCCACCGGCCGCCUCGAUCCCCUUCUCCGCAACGCCUUCUUGGAGAUUCCGGGAUCGGAAUCGGUAUUAGCAUGAACACUGUGUGUGAAGUGUGCGGAAAUAUUGGUUACAAACGUCUUAUAGUCUGUUGCAGAGAUUGCAAGUAUUCUGUUGUGCACCUAUACUGUUUGGACAAAGUUAUCUUUAAUGCAUCAUUAGCAGAGUGGUGGUGUUAUGAAUGCCAUCAAAGGCGUGGUGAAGUUACUUGCAACAGAUCUCUAGAGAAGGUGUCAAGUGAAAGGUCACCAAGUCAUGCUCAUUUUGGUUCUGCAGUACAUCAACCAGUUACCAAGAGAGUGAAUUCAGCAAGGAAUGCAGGGCCGGGAAGAAAAAGAGAAGCAGAAUAUAUUCCCUCUGCAAACUAUUCUUUGGAGUCGGAUGAUCUUCAGGCCCCCCCAAAGGCUGAUUAUGUUUUAUCAUAUAGAAGUAUUCUAUCUGAAGCACAGAAGGAGAGAGUAAUUGCAUUUAUCCAGGACAUUCAACCUAAAGUUACUGUUUAUGUAGCAGUCAUGCAAAAGAGGAAUGUUCAACCCCCUGGACCUUUUCUGGGUAUUUCCAAGGAAUAUUCAUUUCCACAUUUCCCACAUAGAAGCACAAAUGUCACACUUCAGACGGCUAGCAAGAGCAACAAGUGGCAUCCUAAAUUCUACAAAAGAAAUGCCAGUAGAAAGAACAUGCUUAUGGGGCAGUGGUUAGACUUUGUCCGUGACAAUCAUGUGCAGGAGGGAGAUAUUUGUCUCCUUUUUCCAGCAGAGGGUGGGAGAAGAUAUACAUAUACGGUCUAUCUACUUUGCGCAUCAGCAACUCAUUCCAUAGGUAGAGCUGGUUUUCAAAUAGUUUGCCCAUGCCCUAGUCGAUCUAGUGCAAAGAUGGCUUCAGAAGUGCAUAUUAUGGAGGAAACAACAAAUGACGAAUCUCUGGACAGUGAAGAUUCUGGUGGUUCAUCGCCGCCUCUGUACAUUGUACCAUGCAGGAACUAUCUAUCUAAAUCCCAAAAGAAGAUUGUUGAAGAGCGAGUGCGAGCCAUCCAAUCCGAAGUUCCCAUUUGUGUAGCAGUAAUGAAGAACAACAAUGUUGGUGAUGCUCAGAAGUGGAUGCUGGAAUUAGGUGUUCGGUAUGCUGCUGUACAUCUUCCAGCUAGUGGGCAAACCGUGGCGCUCGAGUGCAUGGGGAAGACAUGGAAAACCCAGAUGGUGAUUCAUAAUGGUAGGAGGUGGUUUCUUAAUGGAGGUUGGGCCAAAUUUGCUCGUGACAAUGGUCUGCGAGUCGGUGACAUCUGUCUGUUUGAUCUGAAGAAGAACGCGAGGAAGCUUACCAUGAAGGUCCAUAUCAUCUCCAGGGAGCAGUUUAGUUUGAAGUAGAAGAAAAAUGGUGUUUAUGGUUGUUCAAAAAUUUGUAUAGGUGUUGUAACUUCGAGAAUUCUUAGAUUCUUUGCUACGAAAUAGGCAUGGUUUGGCAAGGGAAGGGUCAGGGUUAGGGUUUCCCCUUCCCUCCCCUACGCCACCCGCCACUGCCAGCACCUCUUAAGUCACGAUGCACCUCCACCUCCUCUCGGCGAUUUCCACCUCCAUUAUCGAGCUUGUUGGCCUCGAGGUGGUGGCGAUGGCAACAAAGUUCAUGGUGGACAACCAUGUUGAGAAGCUUCCGAGAGUUGAGGGGUGUCACUGGUACUACGGACUAGGGCUAGAGCAGGGGUGACAUGAGCCAAGGGAGCUCUAUAUGGCGAAAUCCAUUAUGGAAGGUGAUGCGCCAUCAAUCUCUUAGCUUGGUUUGUGGGUGUCUAUCAUUGAGGAAGACCUCGUUUAGGAGGACCUUCUUAUGUCACGCGGCGGCCAAUCACAAGAAGGCCCGGAGCCAGCAGCGAUCGUGUCGCCGUCUUCAGCGUCGUCAUACAUCCUGACAGCUGAUUGGAGGAAGAAGCGAGAUUGGAGGCGAGAGGGAGCAUUACUAGCUCAGGGCUGAGGAAGAUCGCGAGCAUGUGCUGCUUUGUGGUCUCGAGCUGCAGUUGCUGUACUCUUCGGUGGAGAGGAAAGGGUGUUGAAGUCUGGACCACGGCUUGCUGUGUGCUGCACUACUGCUUCGGGUGGAAGAAAGAGCAGAGAAGGAAGGAGGCGACAGGUGACUAGGUUUUUGUUUAGAUGCACUCAAAAUGUUAUAAUUUUUA